UCUCUCUCUCUCUCUCUCUCUCUAGAGCUUUACAUUCUAUAUCUACUAGAUCGCUUAGAGAGAUAAGAAAAAAAAAGAACGUUCUUCUUCAACUUGGGCAUCGAGAAAGAUUGCCAUUUUUAUUGCAAAAAAAAAACACUCUAGUAACGACAGGAGAAAGAGAUAGCUUUUCACUAGAACAAUGAAGGCUGAUACUGUUCUUGACUAUGCUAUCUUUGAGCUUUCGCAAAAACAUUCACGAUGCGAAUUGUUUGUAUCGAGUAAUGGAGAAACAGAGAAACUGGCUUCAGGAUUGAUCGAACCAUUCGUUAAUCAUUUGAGUGUUCUUGCAACAGAAUCAUUAUUUAGAGCGGAGGUUGAAAGAAAUGACAAUGACAAAUCUUGGUUCACAAGAAGAACACUCGAGAGGUUUGUUCAAUUUGUUAAUGGUCCAGAAGUUUUGGAAAGAGUCAAUACAUUUGAUUCGGAGAUGUCACAGUUGGAAGCAGCCCGGACCUUAUAUUCUCGUGAUGAUGGAGGUGUAACGGAUGCAACAAAGAAGGAGCUCCUGAGAGCUAUAGAUUUAAGACUUGAUGCUAUUACAAAGGACUUAACCACAUCUAUUGCUCACGCCUCAGCUAAUGGUUUUGAUCCUCAAACUGUUUCUCAUCUCCAACGCUUUGCUGAUACAUUCGGUGCACAUCCUUUGGCUGAAGCAUGUGGAAAAUAUAUGUCAUUGUGUGAAAGAAGACCAGACCUAAUCAGGAAGCACUUGACAUCUGUCAAUGAAACAAACAUCAGUCAACUUGAAAGUAGUAAAGAAGAUAAAGAGGAGAAGAAAGAUGAAUCUUCUACUGCUAGGACCAGUCAACAUACAAGGAGACUCAGCGUGAAAGAUAGGAUUAAUCUCUUUGAGAGCAAAAAGACUGAAAAUUCAGGACACAAACCUGUGGUUGUUGCUAAAUCCACAGAACCGAGGAGGCUUUCUUCUGAUGUCCCAUCAGAUGCUCCUCUAGUCCCUGAGAAAUCUGUCUUAAGAAGAUGGAGUGUUGUUAGUGACAUGAGCUGUGACGGUAGUGGCAAGCAAGAAGUUCCCUCGAGUAGACCAUCUUCUGGUAACCGUGAUGCCAUAGUGCCAAAAGAGUCUGAACUAAACAGUAAAAGGAGUGAUGAUGAUGUGUGUUGUACUAAACGUGAUGAUUCUCAAAACCAGACUGAUGGUGAUGAUUUAAGACAGAGAGAAGCAGAGAGCUAUGCAUCCAAGCCCCACAAUGCGGCACAACAACAAUCAUUUGGUGUUGAGGAUGAUGAUCUUGUGAAUGCAGAUUCAGCUGGGAAGAUCAACAGAAGCAGAAUUGGUGCAACGUCUGUGCAUCAAAUGCAUAGAGCAAGAAUGUCUAGGGAAAGCUCUCAAGGGGAUAAACGAGGUGGUGAUGAAAAAGACAACAAGAAUGUUGUAAUGAGUCGGAAUGUAGCUGAAUUAAGUUACUCAGAUGAUUGCAAAGGGAAGUUAUACGAGAUGUAUAUGAAGAAAAGGGAUGCAAAACUGAGAGAAGAAUGGAGUUCUAAAGAAACCAAGUUGAAGUCAAUGCAAGAAGCUCUGGAGAGAAGUAGAACCGAGAUGAAGGCUAAGUUCUCUGCUGCUUCUGAGAAGAAACAUGAUUCAGUAUCAAAUACACGCCAACGUGCAGAGAAACUCAGAUCUUUUAACUCUCGGUCAAAUAUGAAAAAGCUUCAGAGCGAAGAAGAAGACGUGAAAGACAAGGAAUCUAUUGGAAAGUGUGUUUCUAGAAGCUCCCAAGUUAGAAAGGCUCCAUCACCAAACCGGAGCUCCAGAGUCUCAAAACCAUCAAUUACCAUCAUGAGAAGAACAACAGAGAUUAGUCAACCUUCUGUUCCUAAUUUCUCUGAUCUUAUGAAAGAAAACACAAAAACAUCUUCUUUAGCUGUCAGAAAUGCUCCUGUGAUGCGAACACAGGUGGGAAGUAGAAGUAAUAAGAAGACUACAAAGGAGGAGAUACCAUCUCCUGUUAAGACAAGAAGACCAAGAUCACUUAGGAAAAUCUUCUCUACGAACAUAGAGUUCACAGAGUUGACAACUCUAGACUCUGAUGAUGUGUGGUGAACAAAGAGAUGAACCAGAAGCAAGGCAGUGGCAUUGAAUGAUGUGCCAGAGAACUUGAAGGCUGAUGAUUUUGAUGAAAUGGCAGAAGAAGAAGAGAAACAAGUUGUGGAGAAUCAUGUCAAAGAAGAAGAGGAAGCUAGGAGAAAUGGAAACUCUAGUAGUUGAUGAAAAACCUUCACUUAGCGAUAUUUAUGUUAUUGAUGAAAAACCUUCACUUAGUGACAAAGAUGAAAAUCUAGUUAAUGCUCUACCUUCAACUUACGUUGGAUCUUUAAUGGAUUCACCUAGUGAGAUUCCUCUCUCGUGUAACUCAAGCUUGCAACACGCAUUCUCUUAUCCGCACGAGUAUUCAGAUGCUGAUGAUUCUCCUCCCAUGGGAAGUCCUGCUUCUUGGAGUUCAAGAAUGAGAAAGAAAUGGGUAACAACAACAGCAUCUCAUAAUAACUUAUGAGAAAUGUAUGAAUUGUGUUAUUGAUAUGAAGAGAGUUACAUAACUUUAUAUAGUAGAACUAUAUGAAUCAAACAAUAAAUGUGAAGAUCAUAUAAUCAAUAAGAAGAAUAUAUGAUGGAGUGAUUAUAGUGAUUGAGUGAAUCGUAUGAGUUAUGAUUGAUACUCUUUCCUUGAUACGCCCCUUCAAGCUCAAGGGGGUGAUGAAGCCAAGAUAGCGGAAGCAGCGGCUUGAGAUUGACAUCUUUAAGAAAAUAUGAUAAGAGAUAAGAAGAAGCCUUGCGUUUGAACCAUACGGUGAGACAGACUUGUAGCUUGGAUUGAUUUAGACACGGACGCUAGUCGUGUGGAAGCAUAUAGCUUGAUGGAGUCAUAAAUAACUUGACCACAUAUCAAGAAAGUAGACGUGUGCACACCUGGACUCGAGAUGCAGAAGAAAUGGAACGUUGGCUUUAUUAAUCACUACAAGAAGCACUUUGGCUUUGAUAAAAAGAAA